ACCAUAUGCAUAGCAAAGCUUCGAGUCCAUGAAUAUUCCGCUUCGACAUCGAUAUGGAUGGCGUUGUUCGAUUAGCCCCAGGAUUUAUUGCCCUUAAGGUUAUCGCACUUUUCAUUGCUAUUGGAAUUUCUUGUUUUUGUUCGGCAAGUCACGAAGCAGGGAUGUUGAAACGGUUCGAAAUGGCAUUUGCUGUCAAUGCAGUUAAACGGAAGUUGUGGCAAAACGAAAACAUAAGUGAAGACAGCACCGAUAAUAAAAAACAAAAAAGAAAGAAAGGAGAAAAAAAAAAAACAAAAGAAAAAGUAAAAGCAAAAAUUUUUAAAAAACCAAGAAUGCAUUUCAAGUGGAAACGUACAAAUAUGGAAAAUUUUCAAAAAAUUAUAUGCAUUUGGUUGUGUUGUGUUUACUGCAUGUUUGGACGUACGCAACUAAUGACAGCGCCGACGGUAGCAGCUGCGGCAGCAGUUCCCUAUGAGUAUUUCGAUGAUCAUGAUUCAUUGCUAUAUGACUUGGAUAGCGAACAAAUCCAGGCUAAAUAUGAUACACGUUUGCUGUCGGAGCAAUUGCUGAAAACUGAACGACAACAUAAGCAUCAUCAUAAAAAGCGGUUUAAUAUUGAUGCAGAUGUUAUGAGUGACGGAGAUGAUGAUAGUCGUAUGGUCGAAUUUAACCAGCAGCACGAUGAUGCCAUUAUUGAUAUGAAUGCUAAGGCCAAUGUACCUCAGGUCAAUGCAUUGAAGCAGCUCAAGAGUUCAACACUUGCUGGCAAAUCGUCAACGCGCCAAACCUCUAAUAUGGAAAAUGAUAACACAAACGAUGACGAUGAUAAUGAUGAUAAUGAUGAUGAUGAUGAUGAUGAAAGACUUGGUGACGUUGCUGAUGUUGGUAUUGAUGAUAAAAAUAAUAAUGAUAAUGAUAAUGAUGAUGAUGGUAAUGAUGACGAUGACAAUGAUGAUUUAGAGCCACAUGAACGUGCCGCUUCAUGUUAUACGGGUGGCGAACGUUACACUCAUGGCCAAAAGGUACCCCGUUCGGAUAGCUGCGAGGUGUGUCUAUGCAUGGAUGGUGAAAUAUUUUGCUGGUGGGAGAAAUGCGAUAAGAAGCGAAUAAAGUCGGCUAUUGUCAGUACAGAUUACAUGCCCACACCUUAUGGUGACACAUCUACUAUUGCUACGUUUGGCAUUAAAGGCGGUAAAGAUAGUAAAGAACAUGAAUUGUCAACGGCGAAGACGAUUAUAAAACCUGUGAAAAAACCAAUCAUGUCGAAUCAUUUGAAAUACGACAAUGAUGAUUUAACGGAAAUUAUUGAGAUGAAACAAGAGUUAAACAAGGCGUACAAAAAUCAAUUGAUUAAACAAGAAAAAAUGCAUGUCAAACAGGAGCCAAAGAUGAAACACAAUCAUGACUCGCAAUCGCAUACACAACUUAAGCCGAUCAUAAAAAAUAAAAAAACAGAAUCAAUGCAACAUCAAGAACAACAGCAAGAGCAACAGCAACAGCAACAGCAAGAGCAAGAGCAGCAACAACCAGAGCAUUGGAAAUCGUUCAUGAAUAAACAUGAUCGCCAUAGCCCGGGGUCAAGUAAAAUACUUAAUUUUCCAGAAAAUUUACCCUCCGUAUUGUAUUACGAUUACAAAACGGAAGAACAUCAACAUCAUCAGCACUUGCACCAUCAGCAGCAUAUAAAACAUCAACAGUUACUUAAGCAAAAAAAACAACAACAAAAACAACUUAUCCAGCAGCAAAAUGAACAGCAUCUAUCGCAUAUAAGCAGACUUGACGCAUUUAAUCAGAACAUAUUUCCGACCUAUAAAAAUAUCCAACAACAAGUAAAGACAACAACAGCCAACGCCAAUGUAAACGGAUACGAAAACGCUUACUCAGAAAUCGCAACAGAAAUUGACAGCGAUAUCUUGCCGGAGCCACCCAUGAAAAAAGCCAAAUUUUAUAAAACUACACCAGCAACGGCGGCAGCAGCAGCAGCAGCAACAACAUCGCAAAAUUAUUCAUCGUCUUUCCCAUACGAUAAACAGGACGAACAAAAGAUGGAUGAUACGUUAACGUUAACUGCUCUGAAUGAGCAAAAGACGCAACCACAAUCUACUGGGAGUUUGGAUUUUAAUCGAAUUAAAAUUAAUAGCAAUAAAGACAGCAUGCAUGAGACAGUAUCAAGAGAUGAACUACAUGAUGAUGUGGUUGAUGUCGAAGACGAGCAAUUGAAUGACAGCAUUAACGGCAGGAAUGAUGCUGAAGACGGCGAUAGUAAUGAUAGUAUGAAUGAUGAGGAUGAUGCCUUUCAUCGUUGGCUAACCUCAACUGAAACUUAUGCUAAGUAUAAUAGAAACUAUGAUAAUAUUGAUAUGGGAAUUGUUACAAAUUCAAAUAAAGUAGCAACGACAACAACAAAAACAUUAAUUACUACAUCAGACACAUCUUUGCCAUUGCGAACAGUUUCGAAUGUUGCUACAGCUUUAAAGACUGCACAAGAUAGAAAUAAUGAAAUACGUAAUGCUACCAAUAACCAUCGAGCGAAUACUGAUAACAGCAAUAACAAUAACAAUAACAAUUUUACACCAUACAGUAAUCCUUAUAAUAUGGUCAUGGAUUUCAAUGAUAUCAUUGAUAGGGAGAAUAGUGGAGUAGAUGAGGAUAGCAGUGGUGCGGAGAAUGAUGCAGUCGAUAUGUCAAACAUCGAUAUAACCCUGACUACGGCAACCAUGUUGGAAAAUAAUGAACGCCUACAAACACAAUGGCAAGGGCAAUCACAAACACCAUUGCAGUCGCUUGAAAAGCAAAUCACUCCAACAACGAAGCAUUUAUUUAGCCAACAGUCACAUUUAAUUGUUAACAUGAAUGCGAACAAUAGCAACUGUAGCAAUAGCGGCAAUACGCUCCUUACAGCAGCCCUCAAUCAAGUAAACAUAUCAACAGCAUUAACUAAAAAUCGCACCGCUGCUGGUUAUGUAGACAGUGCCAGUAACAGAAACAAAAACACCUACUCAACGCAUGCAUUGAUUGCAACGAAUUUUACUUUGCCGGCAUUGCCUGACAGCACAACGCCCCAAAUGGCCUCAACAGCAGCAAUAACAACUACAUUAAAUCCAGAACGUCAGUGCAACGUUAUGGGCACUCUUUAUAAAAUCGGUGAUAUUUUGCCCCAGGAUACCGGAAAUUGUUUGCAAUGUAUUUGUAUUGAUGGUUCAACUACUGAUGACACGCCUCGCGUAACAUGCAGUCCGCACAAUUGUCCACCUCUGGUGCUGCCAGAUUUAUUUGACGCUACGGGUUACUAAAUAAAUAAAUACAAAAAUUCCAACAACAAAUCUCGUUUGCUCAUCCACACUUACAUUCAGACUGAAUCAAUUCUGAGCAUAGAGUGUGUUUUUAACACACCUACAUACAUACAUACAUACAUACAUACUACAUAUAUGCAUUCUCAUAUACGAGCAGGUUAGUAACAUAAAACAAUUUACUUCCAUCCAACGAAACAGACAAAACACUGAAUAAUUUCAAGGAAAAGCAAAAUGCGUGCGGAUGUCAGAUUUUGUUGAAAUUAAAAACAAAAAAAACAAAAGCUGUAAAAAAUAUUUCAAAUAUUUCUAAAUUGGAAUUUGUUUA